AUGACUCUAACUACUGGUUUUGCAACUGCAAUUUCCGCCAAACGAUACUACUAUGGACCUAUCAAGGACUUCCUGGAAGAAAUCAACGCGGCCUUAGAUAUAGCGAUCCACGGAGUCAAUUCCAUUAUUAUGCUCACACACCUCUUAAGUUCCUCCCACCCUACGCGGUUCCUGCAUUUAGUUCAUCCGUUUGGCUUUGCACUGACCUACGUGUUGUUCAACAUCAUCUAUUAUCUCGCCGGCGGCACGGACCCAUUUGGCGACCCAUGGGUGUAUCCUGUAGUGAACUGGGACAAACCGGGCCCUGCUACAGCUGUUGUAAUCAUCACAGUUCUUCUUCUCAUCUUCCUGCACUUUGUAACCAUUAGCUUAACAGCUAUCCGGGACAGCAUCGCUAAUUGCCUCAUCAGACCAAAUGUUACUGUGAAUGUCAAUGAAGGCUCACCCUUAAGAAGCAAUGUACCACAGCAAACUAAUAUCGCA